CCAGACUGGGGCGCCUCUGCUUGCCUGUCACCAGAGUCCCAGCCUCACAAAAAGCGAAGCAAAAGAGUCCUUGGAAGCCUCUUCAGAUCGGACAAACCGCUCCAGGAUUGAUUCAUCGAACCCAGGAAAAGAGAAAAGAGAAAAGAGGAAAGCGGUUGGGAAAAUGAGAGUUUUGGACCUCAGAGGCCACUGUAGGUUGGAGUGGGAAGGCGGAGUCGGGGAGAGAGCAAGAUGGCGGCCCGCGGUAGUGACAGCGAAGAUGAUCUGGUCACCUACGGGACCGGCCUUGAGCCCCUGGAAGAAGGUGAAAGACCAAAGAAACCACUUCCCAUUCAGGAUCAGACAGUUAGAGAUGAAAAAGGAAGAUACAAGCGGUUUCAUGGAGCCUUUAGUGGAGGUUUCUCUGCUGGAUACUUCAAUACUGUUGGCUCAAAAGAGGGAUGGACGCCCUCUACCUUUAUAUCUUCAAGACAAAACAGAGCAGAAAAAGCUGUUCUUGGUCCAGAAGAUUUUAUGGAUGAAGAGGAUCUUAGUGAAUUUGGGAUUGCACCUAAGGCAAUUGUUACUACAGAUGAUUUUGCUUCUAAAACCAAAGAUAGAAUUAGAGAAAAGGCCAGGCAGUUAGCUGCGGCUGCUGCACCUAUACCUGGAGCCACUUUACUAGAUGACUUAAUAGCACCAGCAAAAUUAUCCAUUGGUUUUGAAUUGUUACGAAAAAUGGGUUGGAAAGAAGGACAAGGAAUUGGUCCUCGAGUAAAGAGAAAGCCACGUAGGCAAAAACCUGUUCCUGGAGUAAAAAUCUAUGGUUGCGCUUUACCCCCUACUGGUUCUGAAGGAUCAGAGGAGGAUGAUGAUGACUAUUUACCAGAUAAUGUGACCUUUGCACCCAAAGAUACAACUCCAGUGGAUUUCACUCCUAAAGACAAUGUUCAUGGCCUUGCUUAUAAGGGCCUAGAUCCACAGAAAGCAUUAUUUGGAAUUUCAGGGGAGCACUUUAAUCUUUUCAGUGAUGUAUCUGAGGGGACCAGCAAUCUUCUUGGAAGCAUUAGACCAAAUAAAGGAAGAAAACUUGGAAUUUCGGGACAGGCUUUUGGUGUAGGUGCUUUAGAAGAAGAAGAUGAUGAUAUCUAUGCAACAGAAACAUUAUCUAAAUAUGAUACCGUUUUGAAGGAUGAGGAACCUGGGGAUGGACUCUAUGGUUGGACAGCACCCAAGCAGUAUAAAAGCAGGACAGGAUCAGAAAAAGAUAUCCAGUAUGUUGGCAAAAUUUUAGAUGGGUUUUCCCUGGCAUCUAAACCUUUAUCUUCUAAGGAAAUUUACCCACCACCUGAAUUGCCAAAGGAUUACAGACCAGUCCAUUAUUUCAGACCUGUGAUAACUGCAACUUCAGAAAAUUCUCAUUUAUGUCAAGCACUAUCAGAAUCAACUGGGAAAAUGUUAAGUGACUUGUCAAAACAAAGCAGGUAUCAAUUAAAUGCCUCUAAGAGGGCAGAGAUGCUUGGAGAAACUCCUAUUCAAGGUUCGUCAACAUCUAUUUUAGAGUUUCUAUCCCAGAAAGAUAAAGAACGAAUAAAUGAAAUGAAACGGGCAACUGACAUUAAAGCAGCUGAAAUAAAGGCAAAGGCUUUGGUACCAAAAGCUUGGAAUAGCAGAUUUCAGCCAGAUUCUCCAGAUGAUUUUCCAUACACACAGCAGAUGGUAUUGAGUGGGGAUGUAACUGCAGGAAGAUCCAGUGAUUUCAGACCUUUUGCAAAAGAUCCAGAAAAACAAAAACGAUAUGAAAAGUACUUAGACAAUAUUAAACAAGGGCAGAAAGAAGCUUUGGAAAGUUGUUUAGAUCCCAGGAUGACUGAAUGGGAACGAGGACGAGAGCGGGAUGAAUUUGUGCGAGCAGCUGUGCUGUACAAGCCCUCCAGGUCGUCACUGGCCUCCAGAUUUACUCAUGCCAAACAGGAAGAUGACACAGACCAAGUAGAAGUUCCUCGAGACCAAGAGAACGAUGUUGAUGACAAACUAUCUGCUGUGAAGAUGAAGAUGUUUGGAAAGCUCACAAGAGAUAAAUUUGAGUGGCACCCUGAAAAACUGCUUUGUAAAAGAUUUAACAUCCCUGAUCCUUACCCAGAUUCAACUAUAGUUGGAUUACCAAAAGUUAAACGUGAUAAGUAUUCAGUAUUUAACUUUUUAACAAUAGCUGAGCCCACAACAUUAACUGCAACUCAAGUAUCAAGUGAAAGGGUACAACAGAAUCACAGUCGAAACAAACCAAGAAAGCCAUCCAGGUGGGAUAUACCUGACCAAGAAGAGAAGAAAGAAGAUUGUAUUAGUGAAUUUCUAAGUAUGGCUAGAUCAAAAGUUGAAAUUCAGAAACAACAGCUGAGGCCAUUGGUAAAUAAUGCUGAAGGGAGUACAGUGAAAUCAUCUUCGACUAAGGUGGAAAAUGAAAGUGUACAUCAAAAGAAUGAAGAAGGUAGCAGACCAUCCAUGGAUUUAUUUAAAGCUAUCUUUGCCAGUUCUUCUGAUGAAAAAUCCUCUUCCUCUGAAGAAGAUGAAAGUGAAAAUGAAGACAAUCAAGCUGAUCCUGGAGGAUCAGAUCCUAAAAGUCCAAAGCCAAGUGAUUUGGUAGAAACAUCAUCUGAUAUACAAGUCAGUGCAGUGGUGGUCAAUGAGCCAGUGCCUCCUGUUACUUUACAGAAGAUACAGCUCGAUGAAAGAGAAGAAUUUGGCCCACGGCUCCCUCCUGUGUUCUGUCCUAAUGCUCGUCAGAAACACGAACCUAUGCCACAAUCCAGCUUUUUGGAAGGCUACCCAAAAGAGAAACCUAAGAAGAGCAAAGAAAAACGAAAGACAAAGAAAGACCAUAAGCACAAAAAAGAAAAGAAAAAGAAACACAAGAAGCAUAAACAGAAAGACAAACAGAAAAAUAAAAAAACAGAGAAGAGUAGUAGUUCGGAGAGUGUUGAUAGCAGUGACGGCCAGAGUGAUACAGAGAAGGUCAAAGACAUAUCACCUCAGGAACUUCUGAGAAGACUGAAACGUCUUCCAUUAACAAAGAAGUAACCUGUUUCUUCAAUUUGAACUAGGUCUGAUCUCUCUUCUGAAAUUUUGAUCUCCUCUAUGAUGGCAGAUCAGUUAUUGUAUAAUUAAUGCAAUGUACAGAUUAUAUUUAUGUAUAAGGCUAUGAUUUGAAAUAGAUUUUUAAAUCUUUGCAUUUCAAAGUCUGAACUGGAAAGUUGUAAAUUGGGCUUUAGCUAGUGGCAAAAGAAUAAAAUUCACAAUGUGCAUUUUAAUUAAAAUAUAAUUUUGCAUAUUAAAUUAGUAAUUACAAUUGUAUUUCCAAUUCUCUAAUGCCUGAAAUUUACGUAAAGAAAUUAAAAUUGUAAACUAGUACGUGACUCCAUUAUGAAGAAGACAUCUACAUGGGAACACUUUUAUGAAGAAAGAAAAGAAGGAAAGUUGGAAGGGGAAAAAACCCCCCAAAUCCAUAUCAAUUACCAAAAUGGAUUUUGUCCUCGUUUCUUUUCUUCUCAACUAAAGCUUCUUGUAUAGUAGCCUGGGAUUCUAUCUAAGAGAAUCUAUAUAAUUGUACUGAUGGCUAAAGGUACCCUAUGUCAGUUAAUAUUUCAUUUCAGUAUUACAGAAAUCUGGUGUGUUGUUUAGGAAAGGAAUAUAGGCCAUCAGAAUUCAGAGUGGAAAACCCUUAACUUUUAUAGUGUAGUAGUGUAGUUGGUGUAUUUUCUUGACCCUCAGGUCACACCUUUAUAAAUAUUCUUUCAACUUCAAAUCAAAAUGCUGUAAAUGAUAACUGUUUUGGUAAGUGCUAUAUGAAUACUAAGAAUAUCCUUAAAAAACCCUUUAAAUCCAAGUAUAACCAUAAAGAGAGGUUGAUGGUAUGGUGGAUGGAGAGCUGGCUGGAAUGAGAAAUAGUUGGGUUUAAGUCCUGCCUGUAUCACAAAAGGACUGUGUGUCCCUACAUGCAAUUCUCUUAAGACAAUAAAUUGCAGAAAAGGUGCCUGUGGUAGAGUAUAUCACGUAGAGCUCUUGACACUGCUGAAAUCACGGGCCUGGCUUAAAAAAAAAAAAACCUACCACAUAAAACCAGCAUACUGUUUGGA